AUGGCUCUUGACAAUUUUACCCAAGUCACUGAGUUCAUUCUCAUAGGAGUCUCAGAAUGUGCAGAGCUACAGAUCCCUCUUUUCCUGGUCUUCCUGUUCAUCUAUAAUCUGACGGUGAUGGGGAACUUGGGCAUCAUCACCCUCACCAGUGUGGACUCUAGACUCCAAACUCCCAUGUACUUCUUCCUCAGACACCUGGCUGUCCUCAACCUUGGCAACUCCACGGUUAUUGCCCCUAAAAUGCUGGUCAACUUCUUAGCAAGUAAGAAAACCACCUUAUACUAUGAAUGUGCCACCCAACUAGGAGGAUUCUUGUUUUUCAUUGUGGCAGAGGUUAUCAUACUGGGCAUCAUGGCCUAUGACCGCCAUGUGGCCAUCGGCAACCCCCUGCUCUACGUGGUGGUGGUGUCUCGGCGGUUCUGCCUCCUGCUGGUGUUCCUCACAUACCUCUACAGCUUUUGCACAGCAACUGUUGUUACAGUGUCUGUGUUCUCUGUGUCCUAUUGUUCUUCUAAUAUAAUCAAUCACUACUAUUGUGACAAUUUGCCUCUGUUAGCGCUGUCCUGCUCCAAUACUUACAUUCCAGAAGUUAUAAUCUUUAUAUCCGCAGGUACAAAUAUGUUUUUUUCUCUGAGUAUCAUACUAGUAUCUUAUUUCAACAUCGUUUUGUCUAUCCUAAGGAUACGUUCAUCAGAAGGAAGGAAAAAAGCCUUUUCCACCUGUGCAUCACAUAUUAUGGUCAUCACAGUUUUCUAUGGGACACUGCUAUUUAUGUAUUUGCAGCCUCAAAGUAAUCACUCACUAGAUACUGAUAAAAUGGCCUCUGUGUUUUACACCCUGGUGAUCCCAAUGCUGAAUCCUAUGAUCUACAGCCUGAGGAACAAGGAUGUGAAGGCUGCUUUAAAGAGAUUUAUGAUAAAUUGUUUCUUAGAUAUAAUAUCAUGUCAUCUACAAAAAGGAAUAUUUUGA